AUGUCGUUGGAUUUACUCGGCCCGUUGACGACAACAUGGACGGCACCCGCGACGUGCUCGCUGCUGUUUGCCUAUCCCGACAGGGUGGGCCACAUGAUUGCGUAUCGCGGCGAGCGCUGUGAUGCCACUGCCGGGGCCCGGGACGGUGCCAACUGCUGGCCGCCGCGCAGAGAAGGUAUCCCGGACAAGUCGUCUGCCAUGCUCGGGUGGGGGUUUUACUCGCCCGGCUUGGUCUGCCCUGACGGGUACACGACGGCCUGCACGGCGAUUUUCGGCCAGCGUGCAGACUGGGUGACGCAGUUUCCUCUUGUCGCGGGAGAGACUGCUGUGGGCUGCUGUCCGACUGGCUAUGAAUGCACCAACUGGAAUCAAUUCGGAAAUACCUGCUACGCCACCCCAAAGGAAAUGACUAUUACAACAGCAGUCUGCGGAGCGGACGGCAUUUCUUCUCAGGGAAAGUAUGUGUUUCCCGCCACCGUAUCUGUUAGAAUUUCCGAUGGUUCGUCAUCCACGAUAUCGACGUUGUGGGCGCCCAUGUUCCAGCUCAACUUUAGACAAUCCGACUUGUCAUCACACGAGGCCACCUCGUCGGCACCUCGGACCAGCAAGACGCCAUCGCCGACGAGUACCUCGUCACAAGCAUCGGGACAGGCGGGUGCCACCCCCUCCUCGUCCCUCUCAAAGGGAGCGAUUGCCGGCAUCGCCGUGGGCUCGGUGGUGGCGGGACUCGUGGUCGGCUCCGCGAGCAUCAUUGUCAUCUUUCGUCACCGUCGUCGUCAAAAGGCCAAGCAGGCGGCAGCGGCGCAGAACUUGUUGCAUGAGCAAGCGAAGCCGGAAAUGGACGGGCAGGGCCAGAACAGAGCAUGCUUGUUUGGUGGUGUGCUAUUUCGGCGUGCUGCUGUGGCGACUGGUGCGGCAAACUGGUUGUGCAAAGAGGCUACCGUUGUUGCGAGAACACUUUCGUCAGCCAGUUGA